ACAUCAACACUGCCAACCGAGGGAACCCAAAAUCACCGCCAGCGCAAGGCUCUGGCGGCGGCCACGGUCCACAGCCUGCCUCCGCGCACGCGUAGCCCCUCCCGAGCCUCCACUCGCCGUCUUCGCCCCGCCUUCGGACCGGAAGGAGUUGUUGGCGCUUCCGGUAGCCUGCGACCCCGUAAUUGCCUCGGUGAUGUCGUGGGUUCAAGCAGCCUCCUUGAUCCAGGGGCGUGGAGACAAAGGGGACGUGUUUGACGAGGAAGCAGACGAGUCGCUCCUGGCGCGGCGGGAAUGGCAGAGUCACAUGCAGAGACGAGUCAAAGAAGGUUAUAGAGAUGGAAUAGAUGCUGGCAAAGCAGUUACUCUUCAACAGGGCUUCAAUCAAGGUUAUAAGGAAGGUGCAGAAGUCAUUUUAAACUAUGGACGACUCCGAGGAACAUUGAGUGCUUUGCUGUCCUGGUGUCACCUUCAUAAUAAUAAUUCAACUUUGAUCAAUAAAAUAAACAAUCUUCUGGAUGCAGUUGGCCAGUGUGAAGAGUAUGUGCUCAAACAUCUGAAAUCAAUCACUCCACCGUCCCACAUUGUAGAUUUAUUGGACUCCAUUGAGGAUAUGGACCUUUGUCAUGUAGUUCCAGCUGAGAAAAAGAUUGAUGAAGCUAAAGAUGAAAGACUCUGUGAAAAUAAUGCUGAGUUUAACAAAAACUGUAGCAAGAGCCAUAGUGGGAUAGAUUGUUCAUAUGUAGAAUGUUGUAGAACACAGGAGCAUGCACAUUCAGAAAACCCAAGCCCCACAUGGAUUUUGGAACAGACAGCCGGUUUAGUUAAACAGCUGGGCCUAUCAGUAGAUGUAUUAAAACACCUCAAACAACUAUAAAAUUACCUUCCCUUUUCUAAUGAAAAUAAUGUUCAGAACAUUUGGUUUCCUAACAAUCAAAACUUGUACUGGUUUCUGCAUCAAACACCUCAACUGUAGGGUUAUCCUUUAUGGAAGUUUGAAAUUAACACUAUUGUCUUCAAAGUUAACACUAUUAAAUGUAAUAUAAGCCUU